CAUGCGUGCCAUCGGAGGUUCGCACGGCGUCCACUUGCGUUCGCCCCAAUUUAACGCUGAAUGAGAUAAAAGGUCAUAUUUAAUCGGAUAACUCGCUCCCUCGAUUGCUUUGUCUCGAACAAAUUGUUUGUGGACCGACGCAGGAAGCUCGAUGUCGGUGGCAAACGCGAAGCUUAGUGUCCUGAAACCGGUGAUCCCAUACACAGGAUCAAUACCUGGAGGCCUGCACCCCGGAGAGAUCAUCAUCAUCCAGGGCACUGUCCCUUCAAAUGCUGACAGGUUUCAGAUUGACCUUUCCUGCGGCGGCAGUACCAGGCCGCCUUCUGACGUGGCCCUGCACUUCUGCCCUUGUUUCGAGGGCUCGCCCUUCGUGCGAUGCAACUCUUUGCUGCAGGAGAUCUGGGGCCAAGAGGAGAUGAUGCAGCAACUGCCUUAUAAACGCGGGGCCCCAUUCGAGACCAUCAUCCUGGUGCGCGAGGACGCCUUCAAGGUAGCCGUAAACGGAGCUCACCUCCUGGAAUACAAACAUAGAAUCCCACUAAAUAGGAUCAACACAUGUUCUGUAUCUGGGAAGGUCCAAGUGCAGGCUAUAGGCUACAUCCCAAACUCUGGAGUACACUCAGAGACUGGUGACUUGAGCCUCCCCUACAAAGGCAGUAUCCUAAAAGGCCUGAGCCCUGGGCAGCACAUAACCAUCAAAGGACAGAUCAGCAUGUAUCCACACAGCGUUACGGUGAACCUGUGCAACAGCACAACGGAGAGCAUCGCUCUUCACCUCAACCCUCGCAUGAAAUCCAGCACGUUCAUCAGGAACUCGUACCUGAAUGAAUCCUGGGGCCAGGAGGAGCGGGAGUUAGUAUUUUUCCCUUUUUCCCCUGGAGAGUAUUUUGAGAUUCUCCUACUCUGCCAGGCGCAUCAGUUCAAGCUGGCAGUGAACGGCUUGCACUUGUUUGAGUUCAAACAUCGGGUUCAGGACCUGAGCACUAUCGACCUGCUGGAGAUAAUGGGAGACCUGGAGCUCAUGGAUGUCAAACUGUGGUGAUCCGGACCGCUACGUUCCUUGGGGGUUUCGUCGUGGGGGUUUUUGUCUCCCCCUUCUCUUUCAAAUUUCUUUUUCUCAUUUUAUUUUCGAGCUUGUGUUAUUUCAAUCUUUUAUUGUGUCACGUGUGACAUUGGUUUGCUUCUUUUGAGCCUCAUGUCACAAGAAUGUAACAAAAGCAAGCCAUGCGUGAAGCACGUCAGUUUAUUUUGGAUUACGCCUUCCUUUCUCAUGUAAUUACUAGUCUAUAAAUAGUGUGUUGUUUUGACUUGCCAUGUGUUGACUUGACUUGCCACUUAAGAUUCUUAAAGUGUUACCUAAAGCUCUGCCUUUACAGUUAAAUCGUGGAGAAAACAUUGUCAGCAGUAUUUUAAAGUGUUCGCAAAGCAUGGUGGAAACUCAGAAGUCGUACCAAAAAUUUAAGGUGAUGAUUUUGAUUCAAAGAAAGGAAACAGGAAAACCAUCUAUACAUUUUUUGUGACGGUGUCGGAACGUAAAGUAUAGCUGACGGAAUUUGUGUCUCGAAAUCCCUGCGCAGUGACUUGACAAAAAAAACAAAACAAAGCAGGUAAAUACAGUGAUCUUGUCGCUCAUUUUCUUCAGCAUGUACUGGAGCAUCAUCGGUAAAGUGACGUCACUGCAGGAUAAUUAAAGCCCUUUGUGAACCGCCAUUAUUCUUCAGUCAUUAUUAGGAAAAGAAACGCACAAGCCUUUUCUGGAUUAACCGUCCGAUGCUUUAGAAAAAUAUGGCUGAGUGUAAUUGACCAUUUCCAAGGGGUGUUCAUUUAACAGUAUGUUCACUUUUGUAAAUUUGCAGUGGUUAAGAACAAUCAUACUGAGCCGAUUUUAAUACUUGAAUCAAUAAAGGGAACAAUGUUCUUCA